AUGGAGAAACGGUGGUAUGAACUUUGCAAACAAAAAUGCGUUCUAAGAGAGAAGAUGGAAAAAAGGUUGAAAUCACAACAGGCGCCAUGUAAUUUCAGCUUUGUGAACCUGGACACUACUUCGGAGAAAGAUGAGAAAGCCAUCACUGCAGAGACUGUGGAAGAGGACAAUAACUAUGAGUUUUACCUGGAAUGGCUUCCUACUUUCGCUGCUGACCUUCCAUGGCAAUCGGAGAUCAAGGCCACCCUCCUGCAGCUCCACGCCGACAUGGGACCUUUGUGCCGCGGCAAAGCCAAGUUUGAGAUUGAGGUCAGGCCACGCGAGGAUGGAGGAUCUCAAGUUCAUCGUUCAGACAUUGCGGGGCCACAUGUGGACGAAGAAAGGCUGGUGGGCUUCGAGCCCUGGGGAAAGAAAAGUGCAGAGGACUUGCAAUCACCAUCCAAUGGAGAUAAGACAUCGGGUGAGCGCUUGCUGGAAGGUUUUUCGGCUAGCAAAGAGGAACUAGAAGAAGAGCAGGAAGAAGCUGCACAUGCAGCUGCCCAAGCCACUGCCCCCGUGGUUUGCCCUGGGGAUAGCCAAGUAGGAGAUACCCAACCGCCAAGCCAAUCCCUGCCCGAAGAUGAAGAAAAAACAGUGGUUCAGUCCAAACCAAAUGGUUCUACUCCAGUUGAGGUGAUUCCUGAUGAUACCCAGCCUGAUUCAUCGGAUAGUCAGCCGUUGCCAGAGCACUGGGAGGACAGCCAAACACCGCCCCAUUGGGGAAGAGAAAUGAGGUACCCUGGGACGUUGGAUAGUGGUGAUGAGGAUGGGGGUGCACGAGCACCGGCAUCUGAGGAUGGGGGUGCACCAGCACCUCUGGCAUGUGAGGGUGGGGGUGUGCCUGCAGAAUCUCCCAAACCUUUGCCUGAUGCUCCCACGCAUGUGCCCCAGCCUAAGACCCCCUCUGAAGAAGAGUUGCGCCAAUUAGAGCUGCAAGAGGAAAGGGCGGAUCUUCAAUCCGAUGAGGAUGAACUGAAAGGUCGUCAAGCUUUCAAGGAUCGAAAGCCUCUCUUCGAGCUCAGCAGCCUUCCAGAUCUCGUGUAUCAACACUUGGAGCAGGACAUACCGGAGCUUAAGGGUGAGGAGAAAGAAAAGUGCAAGGAUGUAGUUUCCAAACUCGUACUUCAGUUGCAAAAAGAUGCCCGAAAAUCCAUGAACGACGAGCGGAAAGAGGCAGAGGCAGAACUUAAGGCCAAGAGGGAGCAACAGGAGAGAAGGAUGCAAGGUCGGGGUAAAGGCAGGGGCAGGGGUCGCAAGACAGCUGCAGCUGCCGCAGAAGACUUUGACUUAGAUGAAGUAGAACCUGGUAAAGAAGCAGACCAAGCUGCCACUGAAGUGGUUGCGCCUGACUUGCAGCAACUGCGCUCCAAGCGGGACAUGGAGGCCAGGGCCUAUAUAGGGGCAGAAGUGCAUGAAAUUUUAUAUUGUAUUAUCCCGUGCGUUUGA